UUUCACUUUGAGUGCGCGGGUGGUGUAAGUGUAACGUGUAACGUGGCGGCGACAAUAUUUUUUGCGAUGGUUCUUCCUGCGAAAUUAUUAAAAUUUACACUUCUCUUAAUUUGUGUUAAGUUAAUUGCACCGCAAAUUGCAAGCUCAACUACCCACUCUGAUGUUUUUAAUUAUUGCAUACGGGAGACUGAUCAUCGUCAUCAAGGAUUGAAGGAGUGUGUAGGAAGAACGGCUAUUAGUUUUUUGCAGUCGUUUAACGAGCAUGAUAAUUUUAGUAUAUUUACCGACUUAAUUGCUGAGAAGGAUGAAAAUGUAGCUUCGCGUUCUAUUGUUAAUUUUUUGGACCAGGAUCCGGUGGACUUUAGAGGUAUACUGGAAAGUGCAGGAACUCUGGUCAGUGAAAGAUCGUUACAAUGGCGUUUGGACAAUAUUUAUCCGGGUUUAAUGUUUAAAAUUGGUCCAUCAGCAGAUUCAAAUAGUGUUGCAGAGUUUGUGAUGGAUAAUAGCAAAGUCGACGGAAGGUUUUAUUCGCCGACAGAGCUGUCUAGUGCCAGAAUACUAACAAAACAAUAUCUCUUGCCAAUGUUGUUGGGAUUCAAAUUCAAUGUUGCUGUUUUGGUUCCAAUCAUUUUUGGCCUUGUUGUUUUGUUUCUGAAGAAGUCACUUUUUCUAGUCAAAAUUGCUAUUUACAUUAGCAGCGUUUUGGGAGUUGGUGGAGCAGCAACGUUGGCAACGUUAUUUGGAUAUGGAGGCGGCGUUGGUGGCGGUGGUUUCGCUGGAGCGUUUGGAGGUGGCUUUCCACCAAUUGUACCUGGUGGUCAUGGUCCAGGCCCUGGACCGGGUUUAUAUCCCGGAAAAGACAGUCUCGUUGGGAAUUAUCAAUCGGAUUCUGAUAUCUUUAGUCAUGAUGCGGAUUAUUCUCGCAAGGAUCGUAAAGUUGUUUUCAACAGUGGAUCACAACAGUUUGUAACACAUUCAACGCGAUUGCCAGAUAGAUUUUAUGAUUAUGAAAAGUCUGGGACAGCAAAUCCCCGAGCUUCUAGAAUGAUCGAGGUGAAAAAAGAUAAUUUCGAUUUUAAAGAAGAUUGGAGUAAGAAUAACGAUGAUGGAUGGCAUGUUGUCACAUAG